AGAUUUACUUACAAUGUGAGAGGUAGGCUAGGUACCUUUAGGUAAGUACACGCACCCAGUGGGCGUAUAUUAAAGAAGCCGCCAAGGAGCCUCAGCAAGCUAGCCACCGCCCAGAAAUCUUACAUCCUUCACACAUCGACUUGAAAUGUUCCAACUUGGACCAUGCUCAGACACAGCCAUAGCCCCCUUUUCCUUUCCCUCGUAGUUCUUAGCUACGGCCCUUCCUUUUUUCUCUACUAUCCUAUACCCUCUUCUUGACAAUUAUAUUCUUCGCACUAUUUUCCGGCUUAGCCCCUAUGCUCUUUCUUACUUGUAGGAACGGGCACUUGCGCGGUGAGAAGACUCGGGGAGACCUUCAAGUUCUACCUCCCUAGUUCUAUUCUCUAGUUAUAUCAUGACAUAGCCUCGACCCCGUCUCUCUCUUUCCUUUCUAGCCCUGGCUUUCUCCAAGUUCCUCGAAACGCUGCAGUAGCCGUCUUUCUCGCCAACCCUCGCUCUCCAUGAUCAUCAGCUAUCGUCGCUUCCGGCGCACCUACCUGCGACCGACUCUCCUGGUCCUCUUCUUCGUCUUCCUCAUCGACGCUGUCCGCCUCGUGCGCUACCGACCAGACACGUACCGAACGAAACCGAGCGAAGUAUAUCAACAACGAUAUCGCGAUGGGGUCCCGGCCAACAUCACCAUCUUCAUUGCUUCUGUCCACCGCAACACAGAGGAGAUAUUGAGAUCAGCCUGGAACCAAGCAGUGCUGGAUCUGGCAGAGUACUAUGGCCCUGAGAACAUAUAUUUUUCAGCAGUCGAGUCGGGAUCUCAGGAUGAGACCAAAGCUGCAUUGCUCGAGCUUCGGGAAUCGCUAGAUUUGAAAGGUGUGCCGAAUUUGAUAACGUUGGGCCAGACCGUAUGGGAACAGUUGGAAGAGAUUGAAUCACGGCCACCGCCGAAUAUGCGGGUGCCGACUUGGAUUUGGAACAUGGUGGAAGACCAAUGGGAGAUGCGGCGGAUUCCGUACCUCGCGCGAGUGCGCAACCAAGCUAUGGAACCGUUGAGGGAGCUAGAGAGCCAAGGGAGGACUUUUGACAAGGUCCUCUGGCUCAACGACGUUGUCUUUGACACCGAAGAUGUCGUGACGCUCCUCCAUACGCGCAACGAAAAGUAUGCCGCGGCUUGUUCCAUGGACUAUAAAAACGCGCCGCUCUACUAUGACACUUUUGCGUUGCGGGAUGACAUGGGCUUAAAGACCAUAUCACAAUACUGGCCAUGGUUUCAGUCCCCUUCUUCGCGGGCCGCUGCUGAGAAGAAUGUGCCUGUUCAGGUAACGUCAUGCUGGAAUGGCAUAAUCGUCUUUGAUGCGGAACCGUUCUAUGCCAAACCCCCGCUUCAAUUCCGCGGUAUCGAUGAUAGCCUCGCCGAUUUCCACCUUGAGGGAUCGGAGUGUUGUCUCAUUCACGCUGACAACUACCUUACCUCCGAAAAGGGGGUAUGGGUUAACCCGAAUGUCCGCGUGGGAUAUAGCGUUGAUGCAUACCGACGGUUGCGGAGAAACCGUUUUCCUUCACCCUUGUGGACAGUAAUAGGUGCCUGGGUUAACCGCAUCAAAGGCGGGCGAAUAGCUAUUCAGACACAAUUAGAAACUCGUGUAGUGACAAAGCGUCUAGAGCAGUGGAAGGCCGAGACACCUCAUGGACAACCACCACGACAUGAGCCUGGGGCGGCCUGUCUCAUUAAUGAGAUGCAGAUUAUGUGGGAGAAUGGCUGGAAGCAUUUAUAGACUUUAAGAUAAAUAGCCAGAGUCAAGCGCACAAGUAGUAAACUUCAGGAGCGCAUCCAUCAAUACGUAUAACCAUCCAGCUUUGUAGUGUAUGCACCUCCUAUAUAUGGCAAAUGAAGCCUUUCUAGGACAUAAGAACAAAAUGUUCUACCUCUUGGAUGUGAAAUGUAACAAAUGCACGCAAGCCUUGUGCUAGCUGCGUCACCAGCGCAAGUGGUUCCCAGCUCGAGCUU